UCUAUAGAUUCGUGGGUCUUGAAGAAUUCAAACAGUCUUAUCUGAUCUGCGCUCGAAUUAGCAUCAGCGAUACGAUAUAAUACAGCACCAUGGCUCACGAUCGGUAUCUGGUGUUGGCCAUCCUCACAGUCGGCAUCCUCUACCUUUUGCUGGAUAGGAGUGCUGAGAAAGUCACAUACAAUCCCUCUAAUUCACAUUUUGAGCAUAUGAAUAAUCCGCCGCCUACGGAGAAGGUGCGCAUGGCCUCAACGUCGAAUGACGAAAACCCGGACUUUCUGCAGCCAUACUACAGGUCGAAGGAUGAUGUGCCUCCGAUCAAUUACGCGAACGAAAAUGAUGAGAAAAAGAUUAUACUAGUGACGGGGGCGGCCGGCUUUAUCGGAAUGCACCUUGCGCUACAAUUGCACAGGCGAAAUCACUUUGUUGUUGGUAUCGACAACUUCGAUGCCUAUUAUGACAUACACCUCAAACGAGACCGAGCGUAUGAGCUGCACAAACAGAACAUCCCUAUGUUCCUAGUGGAUGUGUGCGACGGCGAUAAAGUACACGCUCUCUUCAAGAAAUACAAAUUCACGCACGUAGCGCACUUGGCUGCGCAGGCUGGGGUGCGGUACUCACUCAUCAACCCACUGGCCUAUGUGAGGGCCAACGUACAGUGCUUCACCAAUCUGCUGGAAGUCAUCAGGAACUAUCCGGGAGUCAAGGUUGUCUUUGCGUCGUCGUCGUCGGUGUACGGAAGGAAUACAAAGGUUCCGUUCAGUGUAUUCGAUAAAAUCAAUGCGCCAUCCAGUCUGUACGCGGCCACGAAGAAGUCCAAUGAAGACAUCGCACGAGUGUAUCACCAUUUGUACAAGAUUCCACUGACAGGGCUGAGGUUCUUCACGGUGUAUGGGCCCUGGGGUAGACCUGAUAUGGCCGUGUACGACUUUUCAGUUAGAAUGCUGCGCGGUGAGAAGAUCAAUGUGUACAGCCACGGCGUGUUGCAGAGGGAUUUCACGUACAUCGACGACAUUGUGGACGGCAUUAUCGCGGCGAUCAACAAAGGCAGCGACUUUGAAGUAUUUAAUUUAGGUAAAGGCCACCCCGAGUAUGUCAACGAGCUUAUCACUGAAAUCGAGCGGGUUAUGGGAGUACCAGCUGUUAGAAACGAGAUGCCGAUCCAACCUGGAGACGUCGCCUUGACGUAUGCUGAUAUAGAGCACACAUACAAUCGCCUAGGUUUCAGACCCUCCACAUCUCUAAGAGACGGAAUAACGGCGUGGGGCAUAUGGUUCAAGGAGUACACUGCCUUCAUUGAGGCUGGGGACUUCAAGAAGCCCGAUGCGUUUAUGUACGUACUGGAGGAAGGCAGCAACAACGGGGCCGAAGGCUUUAUGGAUGGCGAGCAAGCGAUGCAUAAUGGUGAUGAUAAUGAAGAACUGGCCUUGUAGAUACAGCUUAGGUACGCUUGUAGCCUCAUGUGUGUAGAGCUGGCUCUGUAGAUUGGUGCCAGGUGAGCUGGAAGUAUAGGGAAUGUUGGCAAGAUUAGUAGGUCCACUUGCGGGUUCGUGUAUUAGAAGCCGGCUCCGCAGUUUUGUUGGGGGGGGGGGUCGUUGCGCCUAGUGAUUUGGAUUAUGUUCCAUAGAUCUAUCUGUUUGUACACAGAGCUUAUUCUGCAUAUGCAGUCUGGGUUACCUAUUGGAUAUAUAUGCGCUGGAGCAGUUGGCACCGCUCGGUAUUGUCCUGGCAGUGCGAGAAUAUCUUCAGAACGCAAGACGGACAUUCCGGUGCAUGUCUAAGAUUUUCUCACUCGUCAGUACAUUGUGACUGACGGGAUGUUGAAAUAGACGGGAGCAACGAUCAUGUCUGAGUCCUUGAAUUCUAUUCAGAUGGACUCGGAUCACAAACUCCAUCACGCUACAGCUCUAUCGCACCACAGCCACCGAGCAGUUGGUCUCGUACGUCUACAGAGGCUGGCUGUUAAUCUAUUGAACACAGCACCAGUGGCACACAAACUGUGUUGCGCUGUGGUAUCCUGUGCCGUCACGAUAUCGAUGCCGGUGACACUGAAUUCCUCACGAAUUAGGGUUAUUGCUGAUUUUGUCGUCAAAUUUGACAAACGUCGAUUGCACAGGAAAUAAAGUCACGCUAAGGACAAGUACAAUUCAGAUGGCAUAGCACAGGUGUGACGCAUUCGGCUGCAAUGGGGGUGAACGAGUAAGACACAACGACACCAUUCCGGCGGUGAUAGCCUUCAAAGCGUUAAUACGAGCAGAACAGCAGUGACAGAAUGAUUCCUGAACUUUGACAUUUAAUUUCAUUAAAAAAAG